AUGUCGGACUCAAACGCAAACUCGUCCAACGUGAAGGAUCAAAUUGCCGACGCGGAUGAGCAACUACUCGCUGAUCUCGGAUACAAGCAGGAAUUUUUGAGAGCAUUCACACCAAUAGAGGUUUUUGGUGUUGCAUUCAGUAUUAUCGGUCUAUUACCUUCCAUUGCCUCCGUCCUGUUCUAUGCGAUCCCUAAUGGUGGACCUUCUGCAAUGGUUUGGGGUUGGGCAGUCGCAAGUGUUUUUAUCCUUUUUGUUGGAAUGUCUAUGGCCGAACUCGGAUCAGCUGCACCAACCUCUGGUGGACUAUAUUUCUGGACGCAUUCGUUAGCCUCACCGCGUUGGCGUAACUUCCUCGCAUGGAUCGUUGGAUAUGCCAAUACUAUUAAUACCGUUUCCGGUGUGGCUUCGAUUAACUGGGGCUGUGCCGUCCAAGUAAUGGCUGCUGCAAGUAUUGGAACAAACCAAAAAUUCGUAGCAACAGACGUUGAAACAUUCGGCGUAUACUGCCUGAUUAUGUUUAUUUGUGCGGUCAUUUGCUGCCUUGCAACAAAUGUCCUUGCACGACUGCAGACUGUAUAUGUCAUUCUCAACAUUUUAUUAUGCCUGGCUGUCAUUAUUGCGCUUCCUGCAGCUACUCCAAAGGAGCUAAUGAAUGAUGCGAAGUACGCACUUGCAAACCUCACGAAUGCAACAACUUGGCCAGCUGGAUUCACGUUCUGUCUCAGCUUCCUUGCACCUUUAUGGACGAUUGGUGCUUUUGAUUCAUCUGUGCACAUCAGUGAGGAAGCCUCGAACGCCGCGAUCGCAGUACCCUGGGCGAUAGUUAGUGCCAUCUUCGUGGCAGGUGUACUUGGUUGGGCCAUCAAUGUCGCACUCGCGUUCUGCAUGGGCACUGAUCUGGACUCGAUAAUGAAUAACAAAAUUGGCCAGCCAAUGGCAACAAUAUUCUUCAAUAGCUUUGGACAGCGCGGAACUUUGGCAUUGUGGGCUUUCGUUGUAAUCGUGCAAUUUUUUAUGGGUACAUCCAUGCUUCUGGCGUCCAGCCGCCAAGUCUUCGCCUUUUCUCGAGACGGGGCUCUGCCACUCUCACGUAUUCUGUACCGGAUGAACAGCCAUACGCAAACACCUGUAAAUACUGUUUGGUUCAGUGCUAUACUUGCAACGCUGUUGGGCCUUCUCGUAUUUGCAGGCGAUCAGGCUAUUAAUGCAGUGUUCUCCGUCGCAGUGACUGCAUCAUACGUGGCUUACUCGAUACCGAUCGCGGCCCGCUUUAUGUUUGAGAAUAAUUUUAAGCCUGGGCCAUUCAAUCUUAGUUUCUUCAGCUUACCCUGUGCGAUAAUCGCUGUUCUCUGGAUGGCAUUCACGUCCCUUGUCCUCCUCUUUCCCACAAACCCAGCACCCGUAAAUGCAGGAGACAUGAAUUACUCUGUCGUCGUUCUCGGCGGUGUCAUGUUCUUCUCGAUAAUGUAUUAUUAUUUCCCAAAGUACGGCGGAGUGUAUUGGUUUAAGGGACCUAUUAGGACCAUUAGAGACCUGGACUCUGCUGGAAGGCGGGCGGAUAUGGGUCAGUUUGAUGAAGCUAAGGAUGUUGGGGAUAGUGAGGAGAAGAAGGAAGGUGGGGAGAAAGAGAGUGUCAAGAUUGAGUUGACGGAGUCGGUGACUUGA